AUGGUCUGCUACGCCCUGCAAGUUGGUUCAAACCGUGAGUCCUAUUUUAGCUUGUAUUCUACUAAGAGUUUAAGUCAGUUUAAGUCAGUUUAUUAAGGGAAUGAGGCUUUCGCCCUUGAGCUCCCUAUUAAUAUCGAUAAAUAGAAAUAAAGUCAUCAAUUACAUCAACAAAUGCGAAAAGUUAAGAAGUUAGCGGUAAGUGUGAGCUAGGCGCAAACUGCCGCCGCUAAAACAAUCAUUAUUAUAUGUACAGUAGGUUCUCAACAAAUGAGCGUCUAGUCUGCACUUAAAGGAUUUGACACUUUCGGAAAGAACGACCGCAUCAGGGAGUCCAUUCCAUGCCCCGAUGACCCUGUGAGAGAAGGCGUUCUGUCGGACGUCCGAAUGAGCCCGCUUCCUUUGCAGUUUGAACGGAUGACUACGCAAACGGUCAGUCCCGGCCAUUUAGAAGAAUUCAUCAACGUCUAGGGCACACUCACGGCUUCUGACAAUCCUGUAGAUUUGAAUGAGAUCGCCGCGCAGUUGCCUGGAAUUUAGAGGAAACAGAUUUAUUUCGGUCAGCCUGGUUUCGUAAGGCAAAUGAAGAAGAUUCUUGACCAUCUUCGUAGCCAUCGCCUGUACUCUUUCCAGUCGUUGAUAAUCUUUCUUCAACAGAUAUUCGGUAAGAGCUAAUUUUAGGUAUAAUUCCUUUGAAAAUAUGAGUAAUUGAGUUCCUCGCAUUCCCUUGUAAGCUCUGAGCUCUGUUUUGGAGGCUGCUUCGUGUAAAACACUCGCGCAGCUACCGAAGACCAACAGCCUGGUGGUACAUUCCUGUUCAGUACGACAAUGCGCAAAUAAAUUACACGUUACAGGUUCUAAAACGUGGACGCUGGAGAUUCUGUUAUGCAGCCAAUAUUGGAUGAGUCUCAAGUUGUCACCAUCGCGAGAAGCACUCUGUACCCCAACAGAAGGUGUCAAGUUGAUACCUGAUAUUUCCGAUACAUUUGCCUUAAUUUUUUAUUGAAAAGCCGGUUGCUCCGUUUUCGAAAGAGCAGGAUUUUGCCGGUUUUGUUCUGAAAACUAUUAUUUUAACCUCGGGGAAGUAACCCGUAGUCAUUCGGCAAUUUAGUCAUUCUCAUAAUCUUCAGCUACAUGAUUCUUGCGUCAUGAUUUUAAACGCGGAUGAAAAUGAAGUUUUUCCGUCCAUUUUCUAUGGGAUAUUUGCGUUCACCUGUGAGAGGAAAAUCUAUCCCUGUCGAUGGAUGGGAUCACACAUUUUUGUUAUCCUCAGGCCCUUGGUUGAGCACGACCAGCUUACUUCAUUUGACGAAUUUCGGCCGGUGAAUAUCCCUUCAGCAAUCUCAAAAAUCACAGAGACAUCGAACAUAGAUCAAUGCGCGCAACACGGUUUUUAAAAUACCAUUGACAUCUAUACUUUUAAUUAGGUUCUCGAUCACUUACACAGUUUCUCAGUUGAAAUCCGAAAAAAUUGUGUUUUGGCUCUAAUUCAUUUGCGCAUGCCGUCGUGUAUUGUGGAUUUAUUAUAAAACGGAAAUAUGCUGAUACAAUUUUUCACCCAACAUAGACACAAUUAUUUUAAGUGUUAUCCUUUUAUACAAAACGUUAUCCACGUAAAAUUUAAAAAAAACAUAUUUUAACGACAAAUCAUUUCCAUUGAAAUCUCUUAUUGUGGAUUUAUCUAUACUAGUAUUGUCGAUAAUUGUCAUCACUUUCACACUACGUAGCCUCACUGUUAAAUUCAAAUACUACUCACUGUUUUACUCUUUCACCUGUAGCAUGGCCAGUUGUCAGAAUAUUUCACAAUUGAGCAAAAAUGCAUCAAUGGCAAUCCUGCUGUUUGGUCUACAGCUAUUAAAAAUUGUACAUCAUACUUUGCCUCAUCCUUAUAUCCUCACAAUUUCCGCGGCUGUCGAUACUAUUAAUCAGUAUUAAACUCUUGUUUCAUUCUCUCCAACAUGAAACUACAGGAGACCCUUCAUCGAAAUUUGAAGGACACGAAAUUGUACGCUUUUAAUUUGAAAGCCAUCAACUAUUUGAAAAAAUAGACUUCGGGACGCUCGAACAUUUACACAAUUUUAUGUCCCGGUAUGGGUCAUUUUCUUCUGUUCUUGGUGCCCUUCUUGGAGAGAAACUGCCAAAAAUUAUAGCUUCUACCCUCGCCCACUAGCCUCUAACUUUCUUCUAGAAUCCCUCCUCCACUUCGCCCUCGCCCUCUUCCUCGUUCUCCUCCUCCUCCUCCUCCUCCUCCUCCUUCACAAUUCAACUACCGACGGGCCUAUUCCUGUUCGAAUUCCCCUAGCAUUCCCAUGUUCGCAAAUUGUAUCCCCACAUCCUUUAUGUAUCUCUCGCAGCAUUCUCUUGCUGACUCCCCCUACGUCAAUAACCCCAGAUUAACUGGUACCUAUUCCUCAAGCAUCAUUAAUUCACAGCCUACGUAUCCGCCUCUAAAUUUUUUUCUAAAUACCGUCGACAAUAGCUUUGCUGUUCGAAACACAUUUAAGAUUAUUUUAUUGAAUGCCAGGUCUGUUAUAAACAAGAUGGCCCAAAUCAGAGUCAGUGCUCUGGAAAUGGCGCCUGGCAUUAUAUGUGCAACAGAAUCUUGGACCCAUUCUCUAAUUCUUGACUCUGCCCUUCCCAUAGAUGACUUCAAUUUUUACCGUCAAGACCGCACGACUAGGCGUGGGGGACGGUUAUCUUCUGUGUCUUAGAUCCUACCUAAACACACUCCCGUUUACCUGGAUGUCUCCUCAUUCACGAGAAACUUCUGCUUUGCAUCUGUUAUUUUCUCGCCGCAAAGAAAGGCAUUUAUUGGCUGUAGCUACUUCCCCCCAAUUCUUCAGCUAGUGAUGAUUCACAACUCUGUGAAAUAUUUAAAUUAAUUUCGGAAGUUGCUUUCGAUUUUAAAAUAAUCACUGGGGAUUUUAACCUUCCCCAAAUCGACUGGGUUUCCAAUAUCUGUCAACCUAGAUUCCAGCCCUUUCAAGAUAUUGUUAAUUUUUCUAACUGGUCUGAACUGGUGUGCUCUACAACAAGUGAUAAUCACUUUUUAGAUCUAAUCUUCACCAAUGACAUUGCUCCUCUUUCUGUUCCUUUAAAAAAGGACCACUUUGAUAGUGACCACGUAUUGUUGCUAACCGCUUAUCCUUUUAAAAAUGAUCAGCAUCGUUCGGACUUGACUUAACUACGAUUGCGAAGAUAAUGACUUAAUAAAUAACUAUUUUAGAUCAUUGGAUUUGUGUAGCUUCCUCUCCUGUAUCGACGCUACCAUUCUUCUUGAUGUCAGUUUAUUCAGUUUAUUUGGUAAGGAUAAUAGGCAAAGCCUUUGAAAACCCUAUUGAUUGCAUGUCAGCUCGUUAGAAUAACUGUACACGAACAAAAAAUGUUCACUAUUAAAACAGUACUUGGUUCAUUUGAGUAGCAUUGUCUCAGAGAAAAUAUUUGUCUGGACCAGGAGUAUUAGUUCAGAUUCAGACCGUCGAGGGAAAACAGGGGACACAAAUAAUCAUCCAAGCGUUUCUUGAAGAGUUGCAGGGAUGUAGCCUCCACGACUGACUGAGGGAGAUCGUUCCAUUUCUCCACUACCCUCUGCGUGAAAAAUUCAGAACGGAGAUUCAGCCUGGACAUUGUUGUCCGUAACUUCAUCGAGUGACCACGAAGAUUGGGUGAAAGGUGCCACUGAAACAUGUCCUCAAAUUUAAGUCCAUACUCAAGGCCAUGUAUUACCUUGUAGACGAGGAUAAGAUCACCUCUUUGCUGCCUGUAACACAGAGGGAACAAAUUAAGGCAAUUCAGUCUGUCUGUGUAGGAAUGGCUUUUUAGACCGUUUACCAGCUUUGUUGCACGCCGUUGUACCCGUUCGAGGCAUUCUUGGUCCUUUACCAGCCAUGGCCGCCAUGCUUGUAUGCCAUAUUCUAAGUGGGGCCGAACAAAUGUGCUGUAAACUCUCCCAAAAAGGUCUUGGUCAAAGUUUACGAAAGCCCUUUUUAUUGCAUGCAGCACUCCCAUGGCGUUUUUUGCAGCCUUGUGGCACUGCAGUGUUGGUUUCAGGUUGUUCUGUAUCCAAACCCCGAGAUCCUUCUGUGAAGAUUCUGCGGGGAGCCUUAUAUCUUUCAGGUGAUAAGUCCUCAGACUCUCAUUUGAAUGAGAGUUGGUUGGACGCAGAUGAAGGACGGCACACUUCUCCACAUUGAAAUCUAGAAGCCAUUUCUUCGACCACGCUUGCAGUCGGUGCAGAUUAUCUUGAAGGGAUCUAUGAUCAUUCGGACCCUUAAUGACUUGCCAGAGCUUAACGUCGUCUGCAAACAUUAUUUUGCCGCAGUCGAGUUCCUGAAGGCUGUCGUUAACGUAAAGGAUGAAGAGCAAUGGUCCCAGAACUGAGCCUUGCGGCACACCACUGGUCACAUUCACCCAUUCUGACAUAUCAUCCCCGAUACAGACACGUUAUUUCCGACCAACCAGAAAUGCCCUAAUCCAGUUCAGAAGAUCUCCCCGGAUGCCAAUGUCGCUCAAUUUGUGAAGAAGACGUUGGUGUGGGACAGUGUCAAAAGCUUUGCGGAAAUCGAUGUACACGACAUCGACCUCAAAACCCUCUUCUAGAGCCCUGGUCCAGAUUUCCAGACAAGCUAGCAGAUUUGAGAGGCAGGAACGUCCUCUCCUGAAGCCAUGUUGAAAAUCCUGUAAGAUGUUAUUUUCUUCACAAAAUUGCUGUAUAGCGUUCUUUACUAUAGCUUCCAUCGUUUUGCAAGGGAGGCAAGUUAAGCUAAUAGGUCGAAAGCUGCUUGCUGUCAUCUUGCUACCUCCCUUAUGCAAUGGAACGAGGUUAGCUGUCUUCCACUGUGAGGGCAGCAUUCCUGUUCUCAUUGACAGCUCAAAGAGAGUCGAAAGAGGCUUUGACAGCUCCCUUGAUAGCUCCUUAAGUAUCAGCCCGGGAAUUCCGUCGGGUCCAGGAGACUUAUCAGGUUUUAUUUGACUGAGGACUCGUCUGACUUCUUCGACGGAAAAGGCGACGGUUUCAAUGACGGCAAUAUCUUGGCGCAUUUGAAGCUCCCGGCUGUCUCGGUCCAUUUCAAACUGCUGAUUGUCUUCUAUGGACCCUUCCGUAAAAACCGAUUGAAAAAACUGAGACAGUAAUCGCACUUUCUGUGAACCUUCAACUAAUAAGUUUCCGAGGCUAUCCUUUAGACACGCAAUUUCGUCCCUAUGUUUCCUCCUACUGCGGAUGUAACCGUAAAACUUCUUAGGACAUGUAAUGGAUUCUGCUAUCAGUCGACGCUCGAAAGAAGUUCUAGCAACCCGUAUUUCUUUGCGGCAUUUAUUGCGCUGAUCCUUAUAUUCGGCGAGUGACCUUGGAUCUCGAAGUUGCAAAUACUUCUUCCAGAGUCUCUGUUUCUUCUUCAUGGUCUUUUUUGUCGUCGGAUUGACCCACGGCGGUCGCGUACAUGGUCUUGUUAUUUUUAUUGGACAAUGGGAAUCAAUCAGACGUUCUAUAAUCGCGCGAAAGUACUGCCAAAAUUCGUCUGAAUCUUCUGUGUUGACCAACCAGGUUUCCUCCAAAAGAGUGCGUCUCAUUGCCUUAAAGUCACCCUUCCAAAUAUUUCUGCGACUCUUGAUUUUUGGUUGUUGGUUGGAUAGGAGAGAGCACACGCAGGUAAAAGCAAUAUGAUCGCUUAAACCGAGUGGAGGUUGUGGAUUCACUUCCUUUAUGAGUCCUUCUUCUUGACUGAAAACGAGAUCUAAACAGUUAGAUCGUUGUCCUUCUCUCAUUCUUGUUCCGAAUUUUAUGUGCUGAAUGAGGUAUUCAUUCAGGGAGAGUUGAAGUAGCUUGUGGUCAAAUGACGUGGACGGGGCGUUUGUUAGGGGAAUGUUCCAGUCUAUUCCUGGAGCGUUGAAGUCACCCAGAAGUAGUAAGUUCUCCUGCUUACAUAACAACUCCAGUGCACUAAGUAAUUCCAUAUCGGCGAAUUCAUUCGAGCUGGGAGGCCGAUAGACAACACACAGGUUCAGUGUCGGUAAUUGUUUGAUGCAUAUCUUGCAUGAAAUUAUUUCAAAAUUUCGGGGCGCAACGUCGGAUAUUUCUCGUUGACAGCACACAAUUUCAUUUGACACAUAAAUAGCUGUGCCUCCACCUCUACGGUGAAAUCUGUCACAACGGAACAGUUGGUAGCCUUCAAUUCUGACUUCGCUACUACUAAUUUCCUCAGUCAACCAUGUCUCUGUUAGGACAAUUAUGUGUGGCUUCUGUUCAGAGACUAGUAAUCUGAGUUCAUCUAGCUUGUUGAGAAGACUCUGACAGUUAGUGUAAUAGAUUUCUAGACAGCGGCCACUGGUUCGAGCAGCCUCAGGAGUUGGCACGUUUGCAUCGGUUAGGCUGUCAGAAUGACGGCCUUCGGCCAGAGAAAUGUCCUUUGGACCUGAAUUAUUUGUCCAUUCUUGAUUUUUAGGUGUGUUUCGCCACUGUUUCUCCGCUUUUCCAGCUCCGUCAUCAGCUCUCUCAUUUUCAUUCGCUCUUUUGGCUCGUAAUCCGGCUGAAAAAAAACUUCAGGAUGCUGACCCCGUAGAGAUGAUUUUCUCUGUAACAGAAGCUGGGCCUGUGCUUCAGUCUCCAAAAUGACUUUUAGGGGUCGAGGCCGGGAAUUGGAACCGGAUGCUGACUGACUCUUCCCUAUUCGGAAUGCUUUGAGAACACUUAGUGACUCAUCGUCUCUUAACAAAAUUUUCGCAUACACUUGAAGAAGGUCUAAGUCAUGCUUAUCUCUCUCCUUUGGAACUGCUGCCGUUGAUUCGGGUACUCCUUUUAUAACUACAUUUUGCUGGCGACUGAACCUAGUGCUCGUUGUUGUCACACAUCUUUUGAGUGACUGAGCGUUCAUCUCCAGUUUACUAGUUUCGCUGGUUUCAGAUGAACUAGCUAUUGGGCUAGCGAAACUGAGAUCCGUGUACGAUUCAUUUAUCUUCCUGUUGAUAACCCUUCCUUCUGUGUUUCCGAGGUGUUCGUCGAAAAAUUUUACCUCAGUUUCUUUCAAAACCUCCUCCUGAAUAUUCGGUCCACAAGGUGUUCCGAUAUCUUUAUUGUUUAACAUAUUUGAAAGCCUCUGGCGGUCCUUCGUAGGCCUCCUGGUCGUUCUCCUUCGCUGGUCUGCGUGUACGUAGGCGGCCUCCGUUUUUUUGGAUCGUACAGAGGUGCGCGUUGUUUUUCUGGAAUGUUUCUUUGUUAUCUGAGUUCGCUUUGGCUGGUCUUUUUCUCGCCUGAGAGACUGGCAUUCAACUGUGUCUAGUUCCCUGGACGAACAUUCGUCAGUUUCAGCGUUUGAUAUGGCUAAAGAAGCCGUGGUUGCAUAUGUUUUUUUCGGAUUCUGAAUUGCCGAAUUCGUCGGCUUCUUCUCUUCACGUAAGUGGUGAGUAAGCUGCCUUAACUUUUCUACCUCCAUUUUUAGACCUUUUAACUCCCCCUCCAUUUUUGAAAACUUAUGGAUGAGUCCAAAACAUGUGGUACAGAUUUCAUCGUCGUAUGUGACAUCCCCCAACGUCGCUAGACUUUUUGCGCGUUUUACGGGCAUUGGUCUGACAGCAGAACGUCCAACACUACAGUCAUUAAUAUCAUGCGUAAUAGAAUAUGUAUUAUUAUUUUUAACGACGUUGGCGCGAGUCAGUGGCCUAGUGGUAACGUCGGUUGUCUGUCCGACCGAUGGACCGGGUUCAAAUUCUGCCUUGGGCAUGCAUUUUACACCGUGUUUUGAGGGCAUUUCUCUGAAUAACACUACCGAGUUUACAAGUUUCAAACGGUUUUCUUAAAGGUAUGACACGAAUUUUCAACCAGAUCGAGGAUAUGAGGUAAACGACUCAGCCUUUCGUAGGUUUUGGGGAUUCCUCCGUGCUGUUGCAGAGAGGCGACUGGACGAAGAUAGGUUAUCCCUCACAAGUUCUGGUGUGGUCGGAAGGAGAUAGGUUUUCCGAACGAGACCCCCGUUGAAAUUCUGUGAGAAUCGAGAUAUUGCUAUGAAGAAUCGACUUGUAAAUUCCGAGAGGCCGUCAGGGUGUCCAGGACUCAGGAGACUCGAAAAAGUUAAAUCCCUCGGAGGUCGAAAAUUUCAAACCGAAUUCAAAAGACGCGGUCACUUCCUUUUGCAUGUCCAAUGUUUCCGAGGACAUUCUAGAGUUUUGCCGUGUAGAUAUCUCAAGCCUUAUUCAUCAGAUUCCCUUGUUCCCCUUGUCAAUCUUAUAGUCCAGGCCCUGAUGGUGUCCCUGUAAGCAUUUUAAAAGCCGAUGCAAACACGAUUUUCCCAUCCCUCUUAUGCAAGAUAUUUAAUCUCGCUCUUGAAAGUGAAACUUAUCCUACAUUGUGGAAGGAAUCACACAUUUUGCCCAUUCCUAAGCACGGCAAAUCUACAUCAUUUGAUGACUUUCGGCCAAUAAACACCCUCCCUGCAGUUUCGAAGAUCUUAGAGACAUUGAUCAAGGAUAAGAUGAUGUGUCACUUAACAGCGAACAACUUACUGAGUGUUGCUCAGCAUGGAUUCCUCAAAGCUCGAUCUUGUGACACCUGUCAACUCUCUUUCUUUGACUAUGUUCUCCAAUCUAGGGACCAUGGUUUUGCUCUUUACACAGUAUAUUUCGAUUUCACUAAGGCUUUUGACCGUGUUGACCAUGCUCUUCUCCUCUUGAAAUUGUCCUCUUUCGGAAUAGGUGGCAAACUUUUGAAUUUUAUAUCCUCUUACCUGGGCACUCGCACACAACGAGUUAAGAUUUCCAAUACCAUCUCCAAACCCACACGUGUGAGGAGUGGAGUCAUUCAGGGAAGUGUACUCGGCCCGCUUUUAUUUUGCCUUUUCGUUAAUGAUGUACCCGAUUUAUUUCAGAAUGGUAGGCCUUUCAUGUAUGCCGAUGAUCUUAAAGUUGCAUAUCGAUAUAAGCCGGCAGAUCAUGACAUCGUGCAUGAGCUCCUAAAGAGCGAUUUACAGGCUUUCGCCCAGUGGUGCCGCACAUGGCGCCUUUUUCUUUCUUGGCAUAAGUGCUCAGUCAUGGUGGUUGGCGACGACCGCCAACCUCAACUAAAUAUUGAAGGUCACUCCAUAAAUGUGCCCAGGGUUAUUAAGGAUCUUGGCAUAUCAUACUUCAAGAGUCUCAAUCUCUCGGAGCACUGUGCCUUGAUAGUCUCCAAAGCACGUAGAACGACUGGGUUUAUCCUCCGAAAUUUUAAAACUAGGGACAUUAGAAUGCGCCUUUUCAACAUGUACGUUAGACCUUGCCUGGAAUACUGUUCGUUUUCUUUUAGCCUCAUGCGUGCUACUGAGCGGAAGAAAAUAGAAUCCGUUCAACACUUUUUUACCAAGAGAAUUUAACCCCCGAACACCGACAUUUGUCUUACCAAGGACGUUGCCGGCUUACAGGCCUUGAUCCUUUAUGGUUCCGUAGAUUACAAAAGGGACUAUUUUUGCUAUUUAAACUCUUAUAUAAUCACACAUUUAACCCACUCACUUCUUUAAGACAUCAUAUCAACCCACGACGUAACAAUCACCGUGAGGUCUUCUUAUUUCUGCCUCUGGCACGUACUGUUAAAUAUCGUCGGUUCUAUUCUGUAAAGGCAAUUGCUAUUUGGAAUAAACUGCCAAUUAAUGUGAAGACUCUGCAAAAUUAUCCUUUAUUUAAGAGAACUAUUACUCGAUUUUUGCAUUCAGAAAAGCUCCCACAAAUUUUGGGUGCCGAAAACUCUGAUCGGCUGUACCGUAGCGAUGGCGUUUGUGGUCUCUGAACACUGGCCGGUCUCGCCAGCUGUUACUCAACGCCUCUACUUUGGCUAUCCCCAGCUUCAUUAAAGGAAUUUGACGUCCGAAAAUCUCCGAUACCGUGCAACCUCCCCCCUUCUUGACGGUCGAUAUUCUAACACCGCCGACAGUUUUUUCUCCUGAGCCCUCCAAACCAUAAAAACCACCAUCAACUAUAUUUUUAUUCCUUUAGCUCAGGAGUUUUUUUCACUGCCGGUCGGAUUUAUGUUUAAUCGCUUCCCUUGACAAUGCCUGUAAACUGGCAUUAAAUAAAAAUUUAUUUAUUUAUUAUCUUCACAACCAACUUAAAAAACUGAGACCGCAGCUGCGUGGCCUAUCCACUAGUUCCUUAUCAGUUCACCUUAGAAUCACAGAGAUUUUUGAAAUGGCCUCAUGGAUGGGCCAAACGCGCGACAGGCAAAGAUAACCACUUGCUCUCAGUGAUUCGAACCCUGGCAAAUCCGUCGCCAACAUCUUCCGUCAUCGGUCCUACUCUGAGCGUGAUCACAAACUUCCACCCCUGCUAAAUGAUAACAAAGUCUUCCACAUCGAUCACAAUGACAAGGCGGAGUUGUUUAGCGCUUACUUUGCAAAACACCUUAAUACUGAUUCCGAACCGGUCCCUUUCUUUCGCUCACUUUCAGAUAGGUCAUUGAGUACAAUCGAUGUCGUCUUAGGUUUCAUUAUGAAAAACAUAAGUCGUUUGAGAAACUCACGCUGCUCGGGAACGGAUGGGGCUUCAAAUUCGCGUAUUAAACACGUAUCCGGUCUUCCCAUGUUAUUUAGUCCCUUAUUUCAGGUUUGUAUUUCAAACGGAUUUGUCCUGAAAAAUCGGAGAUGCCAAGUAUAAUUCCCGUCUUCAAGUCUGGAUAUCGGUGUGAUGUUAUUAAUUAUCGGGGCAGCACAAAACACCGUCUCUAGCAAAGCUACUUGAAAGGGUAAUUUUAAAUGAAAUUCUUGACUUCUGCCUAGCUAACCAGCCUCUGAGCUCUAAUCAACAUGGACUUUUACCCGAAAGAUCCUGGGAAACUUGCCACUUGGAAUUUCUUCAUCUAAUAACUUCUCUUCGUAAGGAACAGCAGCCAGUGGUAGUUAUCAACAUUGAUCUUAGCAAAGCCUUCGACAAGGUGCGACAUAGAGGCCGUUAGGUAAAAUUGGAAGCUCUCCACAUCCGGUCGCGUCUACUCGACCUCACCGGGUCCUACCAAUCCAACCGUUAUCAGAAAGUCAGAGUUGGCAACAGCUGCUCAACACCUCAGUUGAUUGCGUGCGACGCACUCUAAGGUAUGCUUCUGUGUCCGCUAAUCUUCCUUCAUUACAUCAGUGACAUUUCGACUGAACUCAAAAAUUUACAAAUUUCUCUUUAUGCCGAUGACCUCAAGUGUGUGUACUCAGAUUCCGGUGACACCGCAAAUGUUUGUGUUGGAUAAAUUAAUGCCGAUCCACUACGUUUAGGCAGAUGGAGUUUAGCGUGGCAUAUGGGGUUUUUAUCAUCAAGGCGUCAUAAUAAUAAUAAUACUAAUAAUAAUAAUAACAAUAAUAAUAAUUUUUAUUCAAGCCCCGUGGGAGUCCUAUCAUAGCAAGUAAAAAUAACUUUUACAUUAAUUUUAGAAUUUAAGCCAGUGCCGCCUGUGUGGCUGCAGCCAACCCGCAUGUCACCGUGACCUGAAUCGCCCCCGUAGGCCGCGGAAAUGACUGACGGCCCCGCUUGUCCGCGCCGUGACUGUCUCCCGUUAAGAAGGUGCGAAAAGUCAGGGGGAAGUAAAUUAAUGUGGCGGUUGACAGAGCAGUCGGUGGACAUCCAGUCUUAUUGCGCUUGCCUUGCUGUAUGAUCAUCGCCCCGGCCCACAAUCUCAACGCCGACAAAGUUGAAUAUGUGUCCCAUUUGCGCGGCAUGGGUUGCUACCUCCGACUUUGGGUUUAACCUUCGUCCGGCUAACUUAUGUUCGUGCAUUCGCUUUUGCAGCCGUCGGCCGGUUUCCCCAAAGUAGUCGCACGUUCCGCAGUCGCGCUGAAGUCGGUAGACAACAGCCGACAUCUCCUGCUUGGGAAUCGGGUCUUUUGUCCGCCUCACCUACCGGCGGAUUGUUGAGUCAGGCCUGUGGGUAUCACCUAUUCCGAGUGGCACGAGGGAUCUAACCACGGCUACGGAGACUACUUUAAUGUACGGCUGCGUCAUCACGUGUUUGACUGACUAUGCUCUUCAUUCCUUCUCUUUGGGUGCUUUCUGCUCCGUUCAAUGAAUGCCCGCGGUUUGCCGUUGGAGGAGCAUUAUCUCGUCCAGUUUGGCGGCUGGCGUGCUGCAAUGAGUUUAAACCCGUCGGUAUAACGCGCGUUCACAGCUUAUUUUGUGUUGUAGCGGGUGAUUGUUGUUGUAUCUGAGCCACCGACAUCGCAAGGUUGCCAUUUCAUUGGCAGCAGACGAGAACAUCCGAGAGUGGGAGUUUGUUACCUACCUCCAUUUCCAUCGUGAUCUAUAGAUCGGGAAUGACUGAAUUGAGUAAUUCCGCAUAGUAGUUAAUUUUAUACCGGCCGAUGAUUACAAAGGUGCCAUCAACGCAGCAUGCCCAAAACUUGGGCAUGUACUUCUCGAAUAGUCGUCUCUCGGGUUUUUGUAGAACCGCCUACGCAAUGAGUACGGAGAUUGAUGAACCCAUUGGAGUGCCCUUGAUUUGACCGCAUGUUAUCACUUCGAAAGUAAAGAAUGUCUUCAGGCAGUGUCCUAUGAGUUCUAUGAGAUCCUGAUCUGUGGUCUGGCCAUCGCCCCGUCGUAAUUUUGACGUAGUUGGUCACUGGGCGUUUUGAACCACAAGAGGCUGUGAUAUGGACGUGAAGAGUGAGAUGAUGUCAAAAUACACCAUCCUCUCAUUCAGUUUGAUCGUGGCUGCCCAUAUUUUGUCGUCCUCAUUGUUUCUUUCCAAUCGGUGUUUCGUCAACCCGGCGCCACAGACGAGGCAAAGGACCUCCUUCGACACCAAGUCUCCCCACCUCUAAGGUCGCACCGUAGAACCCCUUUCCUGCUAAGAGAUAAACGAAAUGCCCUAAGGAAGCUGAAGGUGGAUACCGAAAAAGGUACUAUGCCUGCUGACAAAUGCCGGUCAACCGUUAUCCUUGACGAGGUAGACUACCGACACAAAGCCCUCAUGCUCCUCAACGAUCGGGACUCCUAAAAAGUCAGCGAAAAAGUAGUAAAUCUUUAACGACUUUCCACUUCGGGUUUUCAGCCAACGCUGUUGUGUCGCCCCACCCGCUAAUAAAUUACAAGCAGUCCGGGAGCUUUGUUUGGUUGAUCUGGAACGCUUGUCCUGAUUCGAAAACUGAGGAAUGACUGCUGAAGAAAUAUUUAUAUCAAAAUUGACUCAAACUUUAAUUUCUCUAGUUUCAGUGAGCGACAGAGACUGGGAAACGUGUAGGUGUAGACCGUUCUGCAAACAUAUAGGCAGUUCUCCGAUAUACCGUAGAAGAUGGUGAAAAACUUAACGAUAAAAAUCAACUCGGCCUUCUCGAAAAAGAUAAAAGAAAUUUGCCUGAUCACCCUGAAUUACCUAAAACAGUCACUUUUUCUGAGCAUGUGGAGAUUACUGAUAUUUCACCUCCGAGGAGUGUACAAAGAGAGAGUUCACCUAUUUAUAUCACACAAAGCAACGAUGAGUAUGGUAUCCCAACAAGCAACUCUGAUAACAUACAUAAUGCAAGUCAAUUAAAAUAUUUUCGCUUUGCAUACGGAGACCUUUACUUGAUAUGUAACUCUUACAACAAUCAGAAAUUUAAUGAAUCCUGUGACCAACUGUUAUUAAUUAUUGGUCCCAUCUUAAAUUAAUUGACAUAUGUCGUUCGUAAUUUCCCCAGUUCUAAGAGUAAGCAUGCCCGACGUUAUAGCAAAGUACACACUGUUAAGAAGCAAAUAAAGUCAGGGCUGUGUAAAGCCCUUUUAGUUAAAAUAAGAAAAGAAAAGAAUCUGCUGACCGAAGAUAAGGACUUCAAAUUGAAGCAGAAUGACGUUGGAAUUUAUGUACAAAUGUGUGGUUGCCGCCUAAAAUUCAAUAAAGCAACUAGCUCUAUCGUGUUACUGCCAGUCUUUUAGAACUGAAGGAAUGAGGCUUUGUACGAAUACUUGCUAAUGAAAAAAUCCAUUUGUGGUGGGAAAGAAGAAAAAAGGAAACGAAAGGCGAGAUGUUUUAGUAAUUCUAAAUGAGGAAGGAGUUGGUGGUGAUGCCGAAUGUUCGUUCAAACAGGUGCUGUGUUGGUCACAUAUACUGACAGUUUUAAUGAUCAGCCAUAUAAUAAAGAUGUUGACACCGGUUAUAAGAAGAUAUACUUUCCACAAAUCCAACAACAAUAUUGCUUGUUGGCAAACGUUUCCUGUGCAAAAGCGACGAACACUGGCACAUGCCUCCCGUUGUUGUUUACUUAAAAAAGAAGGCAUAACGGGCAUAAUCAUUAGAAAAAUGUAAGUACUUCUGCAUGCCGAAUUAGAAAUAUAAAAUAGGUUUUGUAAAUUCAAAUGCCAUAAAACGGCUAACUAAAUUUCAGUUCGUGUAAUAGUAAUGGCUUUCUGCUACAGUAUUGUGAGAUAAUGAAUGCCAGUGGCAGAAAAACUUUGAAACAUUACAAUUGUAUUUUACGAAAAAGUUCUAAACAACGGAGUAAAGUGCUUUGUCACUGUUUUUAUUAGCAAAAAUAGUCACCCUGGAUAAAUUCUCUGAUAGAAAGCACCCCACAAUAGCCCAUCUAUCUUUUGGUGGUUGGUUGGGCUGAUGUGCCAGUUUGUUUGACAUAGACAGCUAAAAUAAACCAGUUUUGCUUAUUCUUAAGACUGUUUUAAGCGUGUGCUUAUAGUUUUCCAUUUGUUUGUCGCUGAAAAACCCCCAAAACCUUAAUGUCGAAUUAUAAAACCAGAAGAAAUACGGGAUGCAAAAUAAUAUAGAUCUAACGGAAGAUUAUGCCAAAAAUGCCAAGUACGUAGUAAGAUCCAGUUUAGCGAACACAAGUUGCGUUUAUUUCUAUUUUUUAAAUACAAAAAGUACUUGGAUUUUAUAUGGGGUCUAAUAAAAAAGUUAUUGCCUGUAGGCGCAUGCUAGUUUGCCCUCAUAAUUGAGUACUAUUACGUCCUACCCUCUGUUAAGCUCGUUUACGAGGUGUUAGUGCCACCAAGAUAUUCUAAUCAGUUGGCGUGCAUCGUAUAAAAACGGCUUGAAAACAAUUUAGAUUUUUACCAAAUGUGCUUACUAUGUUAUUUGACUAAUAGAUAAACUAUCGGGCACCAGACCUAAAGAACAGAUAACCAUACUUUUGUAUGAGCUUGUCAACUUAAGUAAGAGUUUCUACUCGACACAACAUUCGAGUGCUUAAAUCGCUGUUUGAUGUAAUGUUUAACAUAACGUGUGCUUUAAGCGUGAGUGUCUACUGGAGUAUUCGCAUAGUCCAUUCUAACAAACUCUUGCUCAUUUAAAGGUCAUAAUAUUUAUCCGAACACACGUACUUAUGAAUUAGUCUAAGCGAUACAGUGACCUACUUGUAAAUAUGCUUGCCUUUUCACAGGCACAGUUUUUAAUUUGGGUUACGUUGUUUGCGUUCAUUGAAAAAGUUUUACUGAUGGAGAUAGAUGAAUACAACAUCGGUCUGAGGGUAUUUUCUCCGUUUAAAAACAAUGCCAGUACAGUGUUUUGCAUUGCUAUGUUCAAUGUAAACUGUCAUGAGGUUUACCUCUAUUUAAAUACCAAACGUUCAGAAUACUUGGCCAGGGUAGUAUAUGAGGAAGACAAUAUCAAAAUCCAUUUUUUCUUUUAAAACCUUUCAGAUGAGAAGGAGAGUAAACACAACGUACUAUUACAAAGUAGAUAAAAACUCACUAAGGUUACGUGCCGCUAAUUCAAGAACAUAUGCGUCAUCAGACUCAGUCUAGUAAGGUUAUUUUCUAGUCAUUAUGAAGCCUAAAACAAAGCACCUUUUAUUUUUUCCACAGACAGUUACAAAUUUUCUCCGGUGUGUAUGGCAUGCUAAGGGAUUUAAGUGACGAUUGGCCGCAAAUACAUCAUAUACUCUCGUAACUAUGGAUGUUUUGCAGGAUUAGCAUGUAGUCGACCUUUUAAAAUACAAAGUCGGGAGCCAAAUCCUUGCAAGAAUAGAAGAAAAUUAGCAAAAAACCAUUUGCCUCAAAAGGGCCUGGGCGCUUUUUUUCACUGUUUUGGUUGGCUUUCGAAAAUUCAAUUAAACAGUUUGGAAUAAAUUAGCGCAUGUGAAUCCUAGGCAACCAUCCUUGCACUUUACCGUUAAGCAACUCCAUGCUCACUACGUUAUGCAAUGUGUCUUAAAUCACGAUCUGUGAAUAUCAUUAUGCAUCUCAUAAUAGAAAGCACAAACAUUGCAAACGGCAUAGCAAAUAAUUAUUUUAAAAUGUUAGACAUUAUUAAGAAGGGUAUUCUGAAGUAACCCCAUAAAUCUGAAAACUCGGUCGUUCUCAAGUGACUGUGACAAGUAUGUAAAGGUUAUCUGCUAUUUUCGAUUGAAUUUAACGUAUCAAUACGAACUGACUUGGUCCUUUUUUGGUCCCAAGUCCUCCAGAAGUUUCAUCUUUAUCACGCUGGAAUAAGUUCAUAAGCCAACUUUAGAAAUCGCCCUCUGGGGUGUGUAAGUCAAUUACAGAAGUCUAAGAAAAUAUAUAAAGGCAAUCUAAUUUUGACGAAGUGUUGGAAUAGUUGAGCAUUUUCCGCUCAAAAUAGCCGUGUUUUUAUACGCUAAGCAUAAGAAAGACGCCACCCCAAUAAUUAUUACAGAGAAUGGUGGAUUAUACAGAUGCGCUACGGAACUCACUUUUCCCCUGGCGCCUGGGGCUCUCUCUCGAGUCCGCAGAGAGGCGUGUAAUCUAGGCAGAAUGGCGUUACCGACGGUGACAAGAUGGUCUCGUAUGACCAAUUCGGGCUUGUUAGUCUUCGUCAGCCAGCUAUACCCAAGCCUGAGUUGUACGAUACCUGGGGCGCGGUCCCAAGACUUUUUGGUUAGAAGUUCAACGUCUCUAACCACUGAGCCACGGGCUUGUUAUUUUUUCGGUUGCGACCGGGUAUCUACUAGGGUAAAGAAGCACUCACAGAUAGCGCCUCGAUCUCAGUCGCCCCAUUGUGAGCGUCCCGCUACAACUGUAUAUACUCGAUCGCAACCGACAGGACAGCAAGCCCGUGGCUCAGUGGGUAGAGUCGCUGGACUUCUAACCAAAAGGUCGCGGAAUCGCGCCCCAGGUGUUGUACACCUCGGGUUUCGGUAUGGCUGGCUGGCGAAGACUAGCCAGCCAGAAGUGUCCAUUUCAAUCUCCCUUGUCUUCGUCGGUAAUUACAAUGCUGAGUUUAUCAGCUCUUUUCGGAAAAAACUCUGUCAAUCUGAAAUCAAUGUGAUGAAUGGUAGAAUAUUCUCUAUUUUGAUUUUCACAGCUUGUUCGAAAGUCCGUCAGUUGAAGAAAACGUAUUGUAAGGUACGAGUAGACCUAAGAUUACGUGAGUUGCUCACCACUAGUGCGGAUUCCUUUGUAGACUAUUUUCUGCUGGUUGGGUAUCUUUGGAGCUCAGUAAAAUUCUCCCAGUUUCCUCGCUGCAGUUUGCUUGUUUGACUCGUUCGGUGUUUCUUUUGGACUAAAUGCCUGCAUUUUAAUUUCUUUAGUUAAGUGACCAGGAAAACCUCAGAACUUUUCCUGGCCAGUCAAUAUGUUCCGAUGAAAUAUACCCAGAAUAUGCGAAAGCUGGUCCCCUUUUCGCCGGCAUCUGUCUACCGGAGCUUCUGAAGGUAAAGAAGUCAAAGUAA